CCUGGUGUUAGAUCAUGAUGAAGGGCUUAUCUUGAGCAUCUGGACACAUUAUGAAACUCUUGGAAGUCUCAACAAUAACUUUAUGUUUUUUAAUCACUUCAACAGAUUUGAUUGAAAGGAUCAUGAAGACGUCAGGCAGGAUAAAAGUUUAGGGGAAGUCAUGUUACUGUGGCUGAAAAGUAAAAAUGUUGUCAAACUUGUUUAUUGUCAGUCAGCCUGUUGAAAAGUUCAGUCCUCGUUAGACUAGAAUACAACACUCCUCUCCGUGUUUGUAGCAUUUCAUGAGCAUUUUCAUUUCUUAUUUAAUGAAUAAACCGGAAAGAUCAGCUUUUGUUUUUUAAACUUAUUUUACCGUUUGUAGUAAAUAAAUGACAGAGCAGCAUUUCCUGCUGUUGAUAGUUCACCCUGUGACAGAGAUACAUGGAAACAAAAGAAGAUUUUGAUAUUGUUGAACAGAGCUGAGACGCCAGGACAGGGUGUGAGAUCUCUGCUGGAAAACACACGUCUGGAGUGAAUCAAGUGGAGAAGUGGAGAGACUGUAAGUCGAUACCUGUACAAAGUAAUUGUCCCCAACUGAAGGAAAAGCUCAACAUUUCCCUCUGAAAGACAUCCUGACGUCACCAUCUGCUGGUGAAUAAAUGACAGAGCAGCAUUUCCUGCUGUUGAUAGUUCACCCUGUGACAGAGAUACAUGGAGACAAAAGAAGAUUUUGAUAUUGUUGAACAGAGCUGAGACGCCAGGACAGGGUGUGAGAUCUCUGCUGGAAAACACACGUCUGGAGUGAAGAGAAAGGACAGUAACUUGUUGAGUCUUGCUUUUAAAAGACAACAGGGACCGAGACAGAUGGCUGAGAAAACCGCUCUUUUUGAAAGUUUCCUGAACUGCCAUGUGUGUUCAGAGACUUUCAGAGAUCCUGUGUCUCUGAGCUGCAACCACAGAUUCUGUUCCAGCUGCCUGCAGAACUUCUGGGAACAAAGUAAGAACAGAAACUGUCCCAUUUGUAAAAGAAAGACCUCAAAAGAUAUAUUAGUGGACUUUGCACUGAAGGAACUGGCCGACUGCUUUGCUAAGAGGCUGAAAGUUGGAUCAUCUGAGACGGAGAAAGGAGAGAAGAAGGUGGAGGUGUUGUGUAGUAAACAUCAAGAAGAGCCUCGAUUGUUCUGUAAGGAUGAAGAUAGAGUUCUGUGUCCUGUCUGUGACUUUUCUCUCCACCAGAGUCACACGGUGGUUCCUGUAGAACAAGCAGUCAGUGAGCUGAAGGACCAGCUGACAUGUGACUUAGAGUCUCUGCAGGACAAGAGGGACAAACACGAACAAGUGGAGGAAACAUACAACAAAGUGAUUCAAGAGUCCAAGAAGCAGCUGUUGUCCACAGAGACGCAGAUCAGAGCAGAGUUCAACAAGCUCCACCAGUUCCUGAAAGAGGAAGAGGAGUCCAGACUGGCAGCUCUGAGGGAGGAAGAGGAGCAGAAGGGGAAGACUAUCAGCAGAGAGAUGAAGAUGAUUCAGGAGCAGAUCUCCUCUCUGUCACAUAGUAUCUCUGCUGUUGAAGAAGACCUGCAGAAACACAAGGUGCCAUUCCUCAGCAGUUAUAAAGCCACUCAGACCAGAGCCAGAGUCCAGUGCUCACUGUCAGAUCCACAGCUGCUCUCAGGAGCGCUGAUAGAUGUGGCCAAACACCUGGGCAACCUGUCCUUCAGAGUCUGGGAGAAGAUGAAGGAGAAGGUCCACUUCAGUCCUAUCCUUCUGGACCCAAACACUGCAGCCCGCUGGCUCUAUCUGUCUGAUGAUCUGACCAGUGUGAGACGUGGAGACACAAACCAGCAGCUUCCUGAUAAUCCAGAGAGAUUCACUAAGUAUGUUGAUGUUCUGGGCUCUGAGGGCUUCAGCUCAGGGAAACACAGCUGGGAGGUGGAGGUGGGAGAUCAUCCUGUCUGGAAUGUAGGUUUGGUUAAAGAGUCAGUUGACAGGAAGGGAAAGAUAUACUGUUCACCAAAAUAUGGAAUCUGGUGUUUAUUACAUCGCAGUGGGAAAUACACUAAUGGUGUUGGUAAGACUGUCAGAGUGAAGAAGAAUCUCCAGAGGAUCAGAGUCCAGCUGGACUAUGACAGGGGGGAGGUUUCCUUCUCCGACCCUGAAGACAUGACUCACAUCUGCACUCUCAGAGACACUUUCACUGAGAAACUCUUCCCAUGGUUCAGUAUUGGAAAAGCUGGUGAAGCUAAAACUGCUGAUAUCAAAAUGUGUCCCACUGAGAUUUCUCUGUGGCGUUCAGGGAGGGUGGUGACGUCUCAGUGAUUUAUUAGGAUUGUUAUGCUGGAGGUGGUUUUUUGUCAGUUACAGAUAAUUCCAGUUAAAUGUUUAUAGAUGAGAAUGGUGUAAUUGUAAAGUACAUGAAGAAAAUGUAGAGAUGCAGGUUAAAGAAAGAAUGAGAUGUGAUCUCUUUCAGCAGGUCACAUGAUGGAUCACGUUCCUUGAUUGUUGUAUAAUAUACAAUAUAUUUCCACAGCACAGAAUGAGAAACUAAAGCAUAAAUGUCGGCAGAAUUAUGUGUUGGUGGUGUAAAUGUGCUGCAAGAACUGGGACGAGUAGAUUCCAUGUGUUCAUCUUAUUGUACUUAUAUCUACAAAUGUUAUUUUCCCAGACAUGAGAAACAACCUUUUGUAUCUUAAUACAGUCAUAUUGUUUCUCCAGUGUUUUGAUAAAACGUCAGGUCUUACUGUGCACAAUGUAAGAACAGUGAAUGUUAGUGUAAUAAUUCACCUGUGAUUUGUUGAGCGUGUGUGACUGUCGACAUAUUCUAUAUAUUAUUUCAGUUUAUCCAUAACAAUAAAUAAAUCUUCUUUAUUUGUGCUUCUUUGACUGUAGAAGAUUCUACAGGAAUAACCUGAUGAAGUUUAUAUUGUUCUUCAAUGUUUAAUCCAUAUUAGAGGAGCCCAGAAUGGCAAGAAAAUCA